UGUGUGAGGUGGAGGUGAACAGGGCAGCGUACCUUCAGCAGUGUACAGUAAUAAGACACCCAGAUGUGCAGCCGUAUUAGUCAUAGCAGGAGCCAGAGCAGAGAAGGUGGAAAGUGAGAGUAGAUCCAGGCUUGCAGUGACGACAGCCUUGUUAUGCUCUUAUAAAAGCGUCUGGCAGCCAGACCUUCUCCACUUGGAGCAGAAUCAGCCAGACGGCCAAGCUGGAGAGCGUUUCCUUUCACUGAAACUGGAGUUCGGCUUUGCUACUGUGUUAUGCAAGGUUUUUAAUGGAGCUGAACUUAUUUGAGUCCUUGGUCCCUACUGUGGACUCAGGGCUGGCCAUGGACAACUGCACCUAUACAGAAGCCUGGGAAUGGCUGACCAGUCUCCAACCCAAGUUCAUGGCACUUAUCAGCAUCUUCGGUGUGGUGGGAAAUGGCCUGGUUCUCUGUGUCUUCUGCCUGCAGCGGCAACCCUGCACUGUGGCUGAUAUCUACCUGGGCAACCUGGCUUUCGCUGACCUGAUGAUGGUUCUUUGUUUACCUUUCUGGGCGGUCACCAUUGCUCAGGACUACCAGUGGAGCUUCGGCCAGGUGCUCUGCAAGCUGGUAAACACGGCUAUCUCCAUGAACUACUUCUGUAGUGUACUGUUCCUGGUCCUGGUUAGCGUGGAUCGCUAUUUGGCCUUGGCCAGACCCAUGAAUCCCAGCCGGUUAAGGCGUUCAGUCUGGGCCAAGCGCAUUUGCUUGGGCAUCUGGUUAGUGGGCUUCCUGCUUAGCAUUCCAUCUUUUCUUUUCCGAACAGUCAGUUACAUUUCUGAUGUAGAUGUUCAUGCCUGCAUUCUGGAGUUCCCUCACCCUAAGUGGAGGAUCCAAAGGAACCUAACCAGUAACAUUCUUGGGUUUGUAAUUCCAUUGCCGAUAAUUGCAUUCUGCACUCACCACAUGGUGAAGGCUCUUAAAGACAGCAGUGCAGGGGCCCUUCCAGGUGUGCAGACGGAAAGAAGGGCUACUCAUCUGGUGCUAACAGUGCUAGCCGUCUUCCUCUUCUGCUGGACGCCCUUCCAGGUGGUGCGUCUCUUGGACACUCUGGAUUACUUUCAUCUCAUUCCAGGGUGCCUGUUUGGCCACAUUUUGGACAUUAGCAUCCAGCUGUCCACCUACCUAGCUUAUGCUAACAGCUCGAUUAACCCUUUCCUGUACGUGGUUGUUGGGAAGCACUUCAGGAGAAGAGCUAAAGGGGUAUUUAAGAAACUUCUCAUCCCUGGCUGGAAGGACAGCUCCACCAACAUCACUACUGCUAGCAAGUGGAGCGACAGCCGCAAAGACUCGUGCAUACUUGAACAGAGAAUUGUUCCAGUGUGCAUCUCACCUGUUGGACAUGCAAUGAAGCUAAAGGUUCUGCCUGGACAGUGAGUUUUGGAAAAUUUGUACAUAAUUUCUACAUGAAUUCUUCUCCUCAUGCCUCACAGUCCUUUAUUUGUUCAUUCUUUGUUUCUCUUAUUCUUAUUUCUCUUGUGUUUUUAUUUUUGGCACCCACAUUUGGUCCCACCUUUCAGAGGUUGGUUUUUCAGAGAACCAUGUUUGUAAAUGUGAUGCAUCAGUGCGAACAGCCUUUUAAAGUCUAAAUAAGCUCCACAUGAUGUGUACAUUUUAAGAUGAACACUUAAACUGGUAUAGAAACAUUUCCAUUAUGAAUGGGACCUUCAAACCUUUAAAAGGUUCCUUACACUCGCAAAUCUUAUUUCCAAGAGUGGGAUUGUCUGUGGCAUCACUCAAAGAACCUAUCAUGACACUAUUUUUAAAGUGUCUAUGUCAGAAAUAUUUAAAAAUAAUUACUUUGAUAUACUUUAUUCAUGUGGAAAUGAUAUUGAAAUUAUUUUAAUCUAGUAGAUUAAGUGUAUUCAGGUACAGGUGUUAUACAGGUGUUAUCUUGCAACCCUCACUUUGGCAUUUGUAUCUCAGUACACAACUCUAUAUUACUCUGUGGGCGAUGCUACUGCAGUGCAGUAUUUUGAUGAAUUUAUAUGUGUAUUUAUUGUUCAUGUUCAUUAUUGGUGUAAAGUCUUAUUUUACCAUUGAAUAACAUUGCUGCUUUACUAUUUUUGUGAUUUGCUUUAAAGUUCUGUAUCUCAGAUUCAGGUUUAACAACAAUUGCACUGCAAAUGGUACAGGGUCACUGUGAAGUUUGUGACUUACCUUAAAUGAGAUUGUAAUAAAGCUGUGAAACCACUUCACUCACUUGUGCAGUUUCUCAGUCUUGUAUUGUGGUGACCCCUGGUUCCUAUCACCACCACUGUAAAGAAGUCUCUACCAUCAACCAUUUCACACCAAAUCACAAUGAGUUAUGCAGAACUUUUGAACAAUAGGUGGACGUUUAGUUAGAUUACACCUGAAAAUGUUAUAAUGUUUUCAAAGUACCAAACUUCACAUGCAAGUAGUGCCCAAAGUUGGAGAAAACUAAACAAGCGUGGAGUUUAGAAAAUCUUUCUACUAUGGCUGUCAAAGUGUUGCAUGUUAAUAACGUAUUAAACCAAUAGAUGAUAAAUGUCACUAAAUUUUUUAACAGCAUUAACACAUUUGCUAGUUUGUCCCUU